AUGAUGACCGUGGGGACCGGGAGGGAGGACGAGACCCCCCCGCCCGUAGUCACUACCCCCCGCCCCGCUCCCGAGCCGCGCCGGGACGGCGGCCUGACAGAGGAGCCUGACCCGGACGCCGCAGGGCCUGCUGGUAGCAGUGACCCACCUGUAGACCACACCACAGCGGAACAUCCCGAGCCUGAGCUGGACAUGCACUUACCGGAUUCUGAUAAAGAUUAUGAGGACUUGGAGAGUUUGGCUGAUGACUUGGAGGACUCACAGGCCUCCAUGGACUCCAGCACCCCUGUAGCCAAAGUGCAGAGCGAUGAUAGCGAACCUGAAACCAAACCCAGUAAAACCAAGAGGAAAGAUUACACCAAUCCUGGCUCCAUGUUCCGGGCCGGAGGAGACAACGAGAAGGAAAAGGAGAAGGAUAGAAAGGGGAAGAAGAAAGGACAUAAAAAGGCUAAGGAGAGUGAAGACGAGGACUCAGAGGUGACCAUGAAGAAGAAGAAAAGCAAGGGGAAGAAGAGCAAAAAGCCAGCUCCACAGGGCUUCAUGAACAAGUGAUGCAAGUGACGCGGAACAAGAGUGGCAUGGACCGUGGAUUCUACCCCACUUAUUACCUGCACCUGGACAAUGAAAAGAAGGCCUUCCUGCUGGCUGGCCGCUAACGCAAGAAGGGCACGACCUCGAACUACCUGAUCUCCACUGACGCCACAGACCUGUCGCGGGAUGGAGAGAAUGACAUUGGGAAGUUAAGUUAAAGAAUUUGGCGUGCACGCAUCACAGAGAAGAGGAUUCAGCUACACACGUGCCGAAGAGAGGGAUUCAGAUACACACCUCCUGCAGAGUAACAUUUAAGUACACACGUCCAGGAGAGAGCAAUUCAGGUACAUGCAUCCUGGAGAGAUGGAUUCAGGUAC